AUGGCUCCAUCAUACCACACAACGAACGCUUUUGUAAUACGCCCAUUAGAGGUAUCGCUGAAGCAACUUCACCAGGCCCAUCAACACCUUGUGCAUAUGCGGUCGUGUUUCUUGUGGUGGAUGUUACAGUUUAUAGCGUAUCCAUGGGUGUUUCAAGCCCGCAGCUUUAUCCUUGGCAAAUCAUCGGCGUCCUUGUCUUUCUUCGACCUCCGCGCGACCUUGAAGGAUGUAGGAUUGUCAUAUCUUUCAGCAUUCAAGAGCGACACUCAGCCGUCGCUACUUGCUGUUUUCAUCGUCCACGUCCUUCUGCUCAAGAGUAUCUCUGUCCAGGAUCGAGCACGACGCCUGGAGCUAAUAAAACCUGACCUUUCAGUUCUCGCACCUCGACUUUUCGCGUUUGAGCGCAUCUUUAACCCUUGGAAAAUUAUGAACACCGCCAACUCUUUCAUAUCCGCCAUCUCUGGAUAUGCAGUCUCCCUGGGACCUCUGACGGGGAUCAUGUUUACUAUCACCUCUCAAGGCAUCGCCGUAUCAAACUCUCGCAUCUCUUCCUCCCACAGACUGGAAGCGACUAUUGGUGUGCAGUGCCUUAACGAGCAGUCUUUUACGAUUGCUGGGUUUUGGCACGGUUUGAACUGGAGGGCUCCCAUUGCUUGGGUCCUGGGUGUUUGGGCAAGCUUACCUGGGUUUUGCGCGUCGGUGACACCAGCGAGCAUGAUUGUUAGCAAUGCCUGGGUGUACUAUAACAUGUCUAUUACCUCUCGUGGCCCUUCCCCUGGUAUAGGUGAGGUGGAUGACAGCGACGUCUUCGAAACAUUUAAAGAAUUCCGAGACCCCAAGGACGGCGAAGGAGAGAAAGAAGAGCCAGAUCAUCUCAACAAAUUCCCAACGUAUAUUGCAAGCUUAGAGCACCCUUAA